AUGGAGUACCUGAUCAGCACCCUGGUGGCCUCAGACUGUGUGGCUGCCAGUAACAAUAUCCAGAUGAAGGAUGAUCAUGACAAGAUGUUUAAGAUGAGUGAGAAGAUCUUAAUUCUUUGUGCUGGAGAGGCUGACAAUGUCCAGUUUGCUGAAUAUAUUCAGAAAAAUGUACAGCUAUAUAAGAUGCGCAAUGGGUAUGAAUUGUCUCCCACAGCAGCAGAAGCUAAUUUCACAUGUCAGAAUUUGGCUGACUACCUCUGGAGUAGGACUCCAUACCAUGUCAACCUCCUGCUGACUGGCUAUGGUAAGUACAUAGGACCUUCACUGUACUAUAUGGACUACUUGGCAGCCCUGACCAGAGCUCCAUCCGCAGCCCAUGGUUAUGGUGUUUUCUUGACCCUCAGCAGCCUCGAUCAUUAUGACAAACCAAGUAUCACACAUAAGGAGGCAGUAGAGCUCCUGAAGAAAUGUCUGGAAGAGUUCCAUAAGUGUUUCAUCCUCAACCCACCUUCCUUCAGCGUCUGGAUCAUCAACAAAGAUGGCAUCCAUGAGCUGGAUACAAUCCUCCCUUCCAAGAGGAGGUCCUGA